AUGGACCACAUGUCGGGAAUGUCCUCGAGCGCUAGCUCUUCCUCCAGCUCCAGCAUGACCAUGACCAUGGCCAUGGUCUUUACCAACAGUCACUCUACACCGUUAUUCUCAUCUACCUGGACACCGACUACAUCUGGUCAAUACGCCGGCACCUGCAUUUUUUUGAUUAUUCUUGCCAUCAUCGGACGAUGUCUGAUGGCGUUUAAAGCUGCCAUGGAGCGCAGAUGGCUCGCCAUUGCGCUGGACCGACGAUACGUGGUUGUCGCGGGCAAGAAAGGAGAGUCUGGAAUGGCCAAUGCGGAUCAAGACUCGACCAAGACGGGCACUUUGACCUGUCAAGGCGUGGAUGAGACGGUGCGAGUGGUUCGUCAAGUGACAACAGAAACGCAGCCAUGGCGGUUUAGCGUUGAUCUUCCACGGGCGAUACUCGCAUUUGUUGUGACGGGCGUGAGCUAUCUUCUGAUGUUGGCGGUCAUGACGAUGAAUGUGGGAUAUUUCAUGUCAGUUCUGGCGGGCACGUUUAUCGGAGAGUUGGCGGUGGGACGGUACAUUGUGCAUUGGAGCGAGCAUUAG